GGUCGGAAUGUUGUGGAAGGUUCUGCAGCGGCGACCAAUGCGAGCGAGGCGGGUCCGCGAGACGGCGAGAGCCCGAGAGUGUUCUGGAAGGAGCGAGUCGGUGGAAGAAGGUUCUGGAAAGGGGCGGCAGUUUCCAGCGGGAUCUCCCCAUGAUCCAGCCCCCCCCCUCUACCGGGGAAAAGGAUGGGAGUGGGAUGUACUGGGGACAGGGUCUGGAUCCCGGAGUGACGGUGGGGGCGGGCCGGUGUGAGCUGUGAGGAGGGGGUUCACCAAAUGUCCAGGAUUGUCAGGGAGUGUCCAGGAAUGGGACAGUGCUGCACGGAAAACUUGGGAGGUAGGGGAAUGAAACACACUGUUUGGGCUGUUUGAGGAUUUUUGAGUUGCGAUUCUGUUCUCGUUUUGAGGAAAAACCGUCUUAUCGCGUGAUUGGAAACGGGUUUGAAUUUCUGGUCAGAGGUGUACCUUGUAUUGAGGGUUGAUGUCCGUCAUGUAAUAUCUCUGGGAUAGUGUGGAAUAUCUCAUUUCUUCAUUUUCCUCUGGCCCGCGUGGGUCACACAUCAGUUCCCAGUUCAAACGGGGAAAAUCAGACUGUUUGGCCCAUCAAGUCUGAGGAACCCCAGAAGACAAUCUAUUUACAUGGGGCUUUUACCGUGGCUACCCAGCUUACUGGCACAUAGCACCCAGGGGAGACCCAUGCAGACACAGAAAAGCAGCAACCUACAUGCCCAAAGCAGCGAAGCCAGUGAUCAGAAUGCUGGGGCAGGGAAACCAGCAGCACAGUUCGGCCAUGUUGCCCCCUGGGGAUAGCAAAAAGCAGUCACACACAUAGAGGCCCCCUGCGUUGGUCUUCUGCAGAAAUCCCUUGGGGAGAGAUGGAGAUAUUUGUCUUUCUAACUGUGUUAAGCUGUAACUUUUCUUACUUAAUAUCUCUAUUCUGUAACUGUGGAUUGUAUUGAGAUACUUGGCUGGAGGUCGGUAUCUUUGUAACUAAGAUGGCACUGUAAAUGGUGACUUAUAAAACUUUUCACUGUAUUCAUUUGAGUACAUGGGACAAUAAAACUAAUUCAAUUUUAUUCAAAUCAGUGUGCAAACUUGACAGAGUCACCCACGGCUGGAAUCAAACCCAGGUCCUUGACACUGUAAUGCAGCAGUGCUAACCACUGAGCCAGCACGUGAUAGGUCUCAUUGGGGAAUUGUUCCUCCAAGAAAGCAUGGUGGAAAUCCUAGCACUGUCUGGAAGUACAUAAGUGUCUGUGAUGGGAAAAGACAAGUGAAUGAUAUUUUCAAUGAUGCUCUUUUCAUCAGAACCCAAAUGGGGUUUUGUCCACCUGAAAUACCAAAGACUUCCCCAUUUCAGCCUGAUUGCAUUGGGAGGAUUGGUUUUGAUAUUCUCAUCUUCGCCAGCUCAUUAUGACAUAAAGCAUUCCCUAUUUGAAACAACCGAAUGCAAAAUGAGAACACCAACCCUCACCAGUCGCUGUGUCUAAGUCCAAUAACUCUCAACCCAACCCAGAAUUAGAGAUUGUAAUCACGGCAAGAGUCCCCAGUUUGUUAUGAACCAGACCAAACCCCUUCAAAACCUCUCAAGGCGAUAGCCAAGACCCGAACCUUUUCAUAUUUUAAAGAUAUGUACAAGAUUUUGCAUUCUCAGUGCAAUUUGAUUGGCCAAACUACUCAGCUUCAAGCAAAUCCCACUUUAUUCUUACACUGAACUUAAAAUACAUAUGAAAUAAGCAUAAGAGAAAAGAAUUAGUUUAACAGUAACUGUCAAAAUGCUUACUGAAAUAAUAUAUAUAUAUUUAAAGUACUGCUGAUUGACUGUUCAAUGUAACAGCAUCCUGUAAACACACUUGGCAAAGCCACAUUCAGGAGAACUCGGAAACACAAACCGAGCAGUAAGGAGUAAACAAGCUUUUGCAGAGAAAGAGCUGUGUCCUCCUCCAAAAUUCAAGCUUAAGCAGAACAGCAAAAUCUGCAAAAUUCUGGGCCUGUGUAUUAUUAACUCCUCCCACUUAUGCUUCUUUUGUCUGCAGUUUUGAAAAAAAAGCUAGCUAUACUGUUGGGUGCAGAGCAGACAGUUUGACUCCAAGUUUACAACACUUGCUUUCAAAAGAAACAAAAUGGCAUAAAUUCUUAAAGGCAUAUCUUGUCACAGGCAUUAUAAUCCGAUUUUCCGAUGUGGAAACUCUGCCAUCACAAUAUGAAAUAUAUUGAUUUCUCCCUUUUCCUCCUGCCCUUCCAGGUCACACCUCAGUUCCCAGUUGGUGAGGCACCAUGCAAAAAGAGGCAUGGGGCUGCUUUGGAACUGAAGGAUGUGAAGAAAAGCAGCAGGCUGCCAGUCACUCCCAUGACAAAAUACCCAACACCUCCCAAACUCUCCACCCAGCACCCACUCCCAACAGAUCUACCCUCUCAUUGCCCAGCUUCAAUAAUUCCCUGUCACUGCUCUAACACUGUUUAUUCCUUAUUCUGCUCUGGGGGUUGUCUCCAACUCGCAGAGUGGGCGGGAUAGAGAUGAGAAUCUCUUGAGUGUUGCAGUGGGCAUCCUGAGGAAGUGACAUGUUCCUCAGCGUGACAAUGUUGAAACUGAAAGUGGCUUGAGUGUGAACAUGGACUCCAAACAGCUAGGAGACAGUUGGACUGAGGAUGUAAGUUGUUCAAUUUGUGUGGAUUUGUUCACUGAUCCGGUUUCACUGGAGUGUGGCCACAGCUUCUGUCGCUCCUGUAUCACUCAGACUUGGGAAUAUAAAGGGAUAAACUCCUGCCCGGUAUGUGGAACGACGUUUCCGACAAUAAACCUCAGAGGCAAUCUAACCUUAGCAAGUCUAGCCAAGAAAGCUCAAAAAUUAAGUCUGAAUCCGCAAGAGUGGCAUAUAUUUCACUGUGUGGAACAUCAGGAAGAACUGAAGCUGUUUUGUGAAACUGACAAGAAAUUGAUUUGUCGAGAUUCUCGGCAUCACAAAUCUCACAACUUCAUGCCGAUUAAAGAAGCUGUUGAAAUGUACAAGGACCGGGUUAAAUCUUCUUUAGCUUCUCACACUGAGAAGAAAUGGGUGUUUCUAGGUAUGGAGCAGCAGCAGAAACAGAAGAUUUCCAAAAUUAAGGAGGAAUCCAGCCGACUGCAGACCCAUAUCAAAUUCGAGUUCGUUAAAAUGCACCAGAUUUUCAUUGAGAAAGAGCAGAGUUUAAUCCAAGAUAUCAGGGAACAAGAGGCAAACAUUCUCAAAACAAUGGAGCAAAAUCUUGUUGAAAUUCAAGACAAUUUAAAUUCUCUUCAGGAGCAAGUCUCAAAGUUGGAAGAACAGUUGGAACAGAAAAAUGAAGUUAUAUUUCUGAAGGAGGAAACAUCUUGGAAGACGAGUAUUAAUGAAGAGGGUAAAACGCUGUCAGUUACAGAUGGUAUCCUGUCUACUGAAAAAUUCGAUAGGCUUUUACCAUUUCCUGUGUGGAAAGAAAUGCUGGACGCCAUUAAACCUGUCUCUGUGACCCUGGAUGUGGAAACAGCAAAUCCCGAGCUCGAGGUCUCUGAGGACCUGAAGAGUUUGGGACAGACUGAGAUUCCCAGGAGCCUCCCUGACACCUGGAAGAGGUUUACAGACUGGUUCCGUCCCUGUGCCCUGGGAUCAGAGGGAUUCACAUCAGGGAGACAUUACUGGGUGGUGGAGGUGAUGGGGAAUCAGUGCUGGAGUCUGGGAGUAGCUGCAGAGUCUGUGGAGAGGAAGAGACGUGUCAGCCUGAACCCGGAGAACGGAUUCUGGAUCAUUUGGCGGGAUUGGAAUCAAUUUUAUGUAAACUUCCCUGAAUUCACUCUCCCUGUCAAUCAGGUCCCCAGGAACGUGGGAGUUUAUCUCAGUUAUGAAUCUGGGACAGUUUCAUUUUACAAUGCGGACACCAAGUCCCAUCUCUACACCUUUACUGGGAAUAAAUUCACUGAGAAACUUUAUCCUUUCUUCAUGACUUGGUUGGAAAACCAGUUUCUGAGAAUCUGCUCCGGUUGGAUCUGAAAAUGUGAAAGGAUGAGGGCCUUGGAGCCUCCCUGAGGUCACAAUGUCAUGAUCCUGAGAUUAGGGUCAGAGGUCAGGGAUUGGGAUCAGAAAUCCCCAUUGACAACAAAAUGUGUCGUUGAAUUUCAAGUCUAUAUUUUGUAAAAUCACAACCAAAGCGUAAAUAAAUCUUAUCCAAGUAUAAA